GCGGGUUUCCCGAUGAACGUUGGAAAAAAAAAGAGUAAAAUCCUAGUAAGCGACAAUCACGAUAUUAAAAUUAUAUCUUCACCAUGCGUACGAAGGGAACCUCUUGCAUAUAAUACAUUUCAGUAAUCAGUUGAACAAUUUUUUUUUUUUAAUUUCUACGGGGUCUAAGUCCGAAUGUUCAGAGAAGUUUUCAAUUUAGCUAAAAAGUGUAUGUUCACAGCAUUCAAUAAUAAUUACGAUUUCCAAAUAAUGGGGGCAAUGAAAAAAUAAUUUUAUAUGAACGUCAGACAAAGAAAUCUGAUUGGAUAUAUGCCCGUGAAGCAUAUGCCUUUUCUUAUUCUUCCUACCCACACACUUCGUUUCGGUUCACCUUUAUAUGUCGAAAAUCGAAACUAUAAGAAAAAAAUUGAACUGUCGCAUAGACGCACAGACGUCACCACAUAUCAUCUCACAUCGUCAUAUUGAACCAUCUGAUUGAGCGGUGGCAGCGGCGCGGCGGUUGGCUUGGCGCUUGGCACAGAAAACGUUCCGAAGUUGUUUAUCAUCUGUCAAAGUUUAUGAAUAUUGACGACUCAUUAAUUAUUCGAUUGAUCCGUUGUCGUUUCAAGAAAUCAGGAUUAAUUUGUGGUCGCAACGGUCAUGAAGAAUAACAAGGAAUGAUUUGCUAAUACUAUAUAGCGGUUGUUUAUUGUUCGCUGAGUAAAAAAGGCGCGUGCAAUAACCUCAAAAAUGGUUUUGACCGAUUGUAUCGACAAGGAGGUAAUCGGUUGCGGUUACAAUGCCUUCAAAGAGAACGAAGAAGUCGUUUCGUUGAUCGCUAAACUGAGGAAAUGCGGUACCGAAAGUCGAGAGGUAGAAAAAAAUCUGGAAAGGUACAAAUUCAUUUUGUCUCAAUACCAAGAUCAACCGCAUCUACUUGAUCCUCAUCUCGAAGUUAUUCUUGGAUCCUUGAUCUCGAUUGUCAAAGAUGAAGAUGCUACAGAGGACAUGAAAAACAAUGCUUUCAAAUAUUUGUUCAUACUCAUGUCCGUCAAGCGAUACAAAAAUAUUGUCACUUACUUGCCGCAUGAGGUAAUGGAUCUUAUACCGGUUCUUCGUAUGCUUGAAAAACAAAAUCCAACUGAUUCAGAAACCUGGGAGACAAGAUAUGUUUUAUUGAUAUGGUUAUCAAUUAUUUCCAAAAUACCUUUUCCACUAUCACGUUUAGAAAUAUCGGAUGACAUUGAACCUUCCCAAACCAUUAUAGUGAGAUUAUUGGAAAUAUGCAAAUUGUACUGCAUGUCUAAGGACGCCUGUUCAGUUGCAGCUGUCUUCCUUAUUGCCAAUUUCAUCACAAGAUCAGAUGUCAAAAAAUUAUAUUUGGAAGAAAUGAUUAUGUGGUGUUUGAAAUGCUUGGAAUCUGAUUCGUCAAGCCAUGGGCCAUUGGCAGUUCUAGCAUCGAUACUGAAGCAUUGUGCCCGUGAAGAUUUGAAACCCUAUAGCCAAAUGAUAUUUGACAAAAUUUCAAAACUUAAUCUCAGAGAAAAUCCUGCAGUGUUGGUCAGGAAAUUUGAAAUGAAAGUCGUCCAGCGCAUUGGAUUUGUAAUGUUGAGACUGAAACUGGCAUCAUGGCGAUAUCAAAAGUCCAGUAGACCAAUAACACUGGCACCUACAGUAACGAGUAAUACGCCGUAUGAAAGUGCUCUUGAAAGUACCGAAACGAUGGUCAAUGACAACGACGAGCAGGAUGUUCCACCCAUUACAGAAGAAAUCAUUGAACAACUUAUUCAAGGUCUUCGCGAUAAAGCUAUUGCGAUCAGAUGGUCGGCGGCAAAAGGAAUCGGAAGAAUAACAUCUCGUCUGCCGAUAGAUUUGGCCGAUGAUGUCGUAGGAUUUGUCUUAAAUUUGUUCGAUGGUCGUGAAUUAGAUUCUGCAUGGCACGGUGGAUGUCUGGCAUUGGCAGAAUUGGGCAGAAGAGGUUUGUUACUUCCCCAUCGUCUCAACGAUGUUAUACCAUUGGUUCUUCGAGCCCUCGUUUUCGACGAACCCCGAGCUUAUGGUUCUGUUGGAUCAAUUAUUCGCGAUGCAGCCUGCUACGUUUGUUGGUCUUUUGCACGUGCCUUUGAGCCAGAAGUUUUUCAAUCUUACGUCCAACAGAUCGCCGCUUGCCUUUUGAUCGUCACGUGUUUCGAUCGUGAGAUCAAUUGUCGAAGAGCAGCCUCCGCAGCUUUUCAAGAAAAUGUCGGACGACAGGGCAAUUUCCCACACGGCAUUGACAUUCUGACCGUUGCUGAUUACUUCGAAGUUGGAGUCCGGAGUAAUGCUUAUCUCAAAAUCAGCGUCCACAUAGCACAAUACAACGAAUAUACGAUGCCGAUGAUAGAUCAUUUAGUCGCGAGGAAAGUAACCCAUUGGGACACAGCGAUUCGUGAGCUCGCUUCAAAGGCGCUCCAUAAUUUAACUGCGGCGGACUCGCGCUAUAUGGUCGAAACAGUUUUACCAAAUUUAAUCGACUUCGUAGACUCGAUAGACUUGAACGUUCGUCACGGUGCGGUUUUGGCCAUCGCUGAAGUUCUCGAAGCUCUGUACGAUCAUUAUAAUGGAAAAAUCGAGGAAGUCGUGGGUAAAUCGGCAAUUUUACAAAUACGUAAUAUCGUGAUUACAUUGAAAACUCGUGGCCAGCUCAAAGGUUUCGGUGGAGAGCUAAUGAAACAGGCAUGUGCGCUGUUAAUAAAAAAAUGUGCUUUAGUACAUUUUCCUGUUCACGGAACAAGCACUGCCGACGAUUGGCAAAAUUUGUUGGAAGAGUGUUUGGGCCAUGAAAUCGUAGCCGUUAAAAUGAGAUCGGCUGAAGCGCACACAGCUUUUCUCAAUGAAUAUUACACCGAUGCUAUGAUCAGCAAGGAGCAGCGAUACAGCUUAGUUGGCCGAUACUUGGGUCAAUUGAAAUCGAAUCACCAAGCGGUCAGAAUAGGAUUCGCCCAAGCAAUUGGCCACUUCCCGGUGUUCAUGCUUCGUGAAAGGGUCGAAGAUUUCAUAGAAUCGCUCAUAAAGUGCACUCACAUUACGGAAGAAACACUUUUAUGGGCGGAAAGUAGAAAGGAAGCUCUCAACUCUUUAACAAUGACGUAUCAAACUCUCGGUGUAAAGAAUGCAGAUUCGUGGAAACCUUAUGUCGAUCGAUUGUACGAGUGUUAUUUACUUGCUCUCAAAGAAUAUACCACCGACAGUCGAGGAGACAUCGGAGCAUGGGUACGAGAAGCCGCGAUGUCUGGACUUCACAUUCUAACAAACUUGGUCUCCCAAGCAAAUUUUUUUUCAAUACUGACUGAACCGUUGAUGGCGAAUGUAAUUGGCGGAAUAGCACAACAGGCUGUUGAACGAAUUGACAGGACCAGAGUUCAAGCAGGAACUGUUUUCAGUGCUCUUUUACACAGUAAUCCGCCGCUCCCGAAUAUUCCUCAUCAUUUGGAACUGAGAGAAAUUUUUCCAUACGAAGAAUGCAUCAAAAGUAUCGAUUGGAAAACAGAGUCCGUAACAUUUCCUCGAUUCAUAAGAAUGUUAACUUUCCCUCCGUAUACCGACCCUCUUUUGAGAGGCAUCAUUUUCAGUGUUGGUGGACUCAGUGAAUCUCUGGUCAAAUAUUCCAGCGUAUCACUGUUCUCCUACUUGAAAGAAAUCGACGAGAAAAACCUUGAGAAUCUAUUAACCAAAGUGUUGGAUAUUUUUGAAGAAAGCCACAACAACGAACGAAUGAUAACUUCGAUUUUGGCAUUUUUGGAUCGUCUCAUGAGCUCCGGUUGUCUUCAAAGUAUCGUUGAUGAUCCCGAUUCCGAAAUACCAUAUCGGAUGCUUUUAUUAUUAAAACGUGAAAUAAAACGUUGCAAUACGAAACUGAUGACGAGCAGCAUCAAAGUUUUCUGUCAACUGUUGCAGGUUCGUGGUCCAGUGAGCAAAAAAGCUUUCAGCCAAUUGAGCGUAUUUUUAUGCAACAAAUACAAAUGCUUGAGAAAAGCAACUGCGAUCCGGCUAUACGAAGCGCUGACUCUCUAUGGCGAAGAUAUGGAUUUGCCUGAGGAAGAUUUAUCGAAAAUACUGACAGAAUUGAACGCCACGGAUUGGGAACAAUCCGUGACCGUUUUACGACCAAUCAGAAACAAUCUUUGUAAAUUAAUGAAUGUGGAUGUGCCCGUGAUGCAGAAGAAAGCUACUCUCUGAAAGUAGUCGUAUUUAAACGUACGACCUUCAAAUAACAAAUAAUAACGAAGAAAAAUAAGAAUGAAGAAAUUUUUUGCACCUCCGCUCAUACGUCGCGUCGAAGCGAAAAUUGAUCUGUUUUUAGCUAGGCUCAGCUGAAGUGUUGAUUAACCCAUAAUUGUAUUUAAUCAAUGAAAAUGCAUUGUUAUAGGAAUCACGUAAUAUAAAUGUGAGUUUUCAACAUU